AUGACUCCCAAAAUCUUUCGCAAGCGCCAUCAGGCCGAGGAAAUCACCCCCAUCCCGGCCUACGCCGCCGACCUCGACGUCGCCGGCAUGGAGCAGCUCAAGCACCUCCACGAGUUUGAAAAGAUGCACAAGUUUGACCCCAACUUUCCCAUUGACGAGCUCAACGACCUCGAUGCCGCCAUUGCCACGUGCAACGCCGAAAAGGGCAUCGAGAUUGAGCACGCCCUCAUGGAGGACAACAGCCCCUACCCCGAGGUCCGCGCCGUCGUCCGCAACUACGACGUCGACCUCCCUGCCAACACUGUCCGCGCCUGGGUCAUUGGCAUGUUUCUCUGCACACUCGGCUCCGGCAUCAACAUGCUCUUCUCCCUCCGCGAUCCCACCAUUACCAUCAAUACCUAUGUCAUUCAGCUCAUCGCCUACCCCAUCGGUCGCGGCUGGGAUCUCAUCAUGCCCGAUCGCGUCUGGAAUCUUUUUGGUCUCAAAUUCAACCUGCGCCCUGGCAAAUUCAACUUCAAGGAACACGCCUCCUAUGCUGGCGGCGUCUUGUAUGCCACAGAUGUUCUCCUGACCCAGCGCAUAUUCUACAAGCAGACCUUUAGCUACGCCUUUCAGAUGCUCUUUGGAAUCACCACCCUCUGCACCGGCUACGGUCUCGCCGGCCUUGCCCGUCGGUUCCUCGUAUGGCCCGCCGCCAUGAUCUGGCCUGCCGAUCUCGUCAACUGUGCCCUCUUUUACAGUCUGCACGACCACUCACCUUCAGAUCCAGCAAAGACAAACGGCUGGUCCAUUGGCCGCUACCGCCUUUUCCUCAUCAUUGGCACCUCGGCCUUUGUCUGGUACUGGUUCCCGGGCUGGAUCUUCCAGGGACUCUCCUACUUUACCUGGAUUUGCUGGAUCGCUCCCAACAAUGUCAUCAUCAACAAGAUUUUUGGUGCUGCUCAUGGUUACGGUCUCAUGCCUAUCACCUUUGAUUGGACCGUCAUCAGCGGCUACGUCGGUUCGCCCCUCAUUCCGCCCUUUCACGCCAUCUUCAACGUCAUCCUCGGCGUCUUGGCCACCUUUGUCUUUCUCUCCUGCGGAAUCCAUUUUAGCGGCACCUGGUUCUCCAAGUACCUUCCUGUCCAGUCUGGCGACUCGUUCGACAACAUGGGCAAAGACUACAACGUCACUCGCAUCCUUGAUGCCAACUUCAAGUUCAACGAGACUGCCUACCACCAAUACUCUCCGCUAUUCCUCCCAACUCAGUUUGCGCUCGCAUACGGUACAUCCUUUGCCGCAGUAUCCGCCGUCCUGAUUCAUGUUGCUCUCUACCAUGGACGGGAAAUUUGGGAUCAGUUUAAGAUGGCGCGUCAUCAGGAGGAUGAUGUCCACAUGCGUCUCAUGAAAAAGUACCGUGAUGCCGAGGACUGGUGGUAUGCCGCCCUUUUUGUCGUCAUGUUGGCCAUCUCAUUCGGAGUCGUUGCCGGCUGGGACACGGGUUUCCCGGCCUGGGCCUUUGUCGUCUGUAUUCUGCUUCCCAUCAUCUGGCUCAUCCCCAUUGGUCUCGUCCAGGCCAUUACCAACAUGCAGCUUGGUCUCAACGUCUUGACCGAGUUCAUCAUUGGUUACAUGGUUCCCGGACGUCCUCUCGCCAUGAUGAUGUUUAAGAAUUACGGCUAUGUAUCCAUGUCUCAGGCCCUCUACUUUGCCCAGGAUCUCAAGCUUGGCCACUACAUGAAGGUUCCUCCCCGAGUCAUGUUUGCCUCACAGCUUAUUGCUUCCAUCUGGUCCGCCAUUGUGCAAAUCCUGCUCAUGAACUGGGCCCUCGACAAUAUCCCCGAUGUCUGCUCGCGCGACCAGAAAGACAGGUUUACCUGCCCUGGCGGCCGCGUCUUUUACACGGCCUCUGUUAUCUGGGGCGCCAUUGGUCCCGCUCGCAUCUUCAGCCAUGGUGCCAUUUAUUCGUCUCUGCAAUGGUUCUGGCUCGUCGGCGCCGUUACCCCGGUUCUCACCUGGCUCUUAGCCCGCCGUUGGCCCAAGUCAUUCUUGCGCUACAUCAACACGCCCCUCAUCUUUGGAGGUGCCGGCCAGAUUCCUCCAGCCUCGGUCUACAUUUACCUCUGCUGGGGUAUUGUUGGAGUUGUUUUCAACUUUUUCAUCAGACGCCGCUACACAGGCUGGUGGCUCCAGUACAACUACAUCACCUCUGCGGCGCUCGACUGCGGCCUCAUUGUCUGCACGCUUGUCAUCUUCUUUACGCUGUAUUUGACAAAGACGAUGGCACCGCAAUGGUGGGGUAAUACCACGGCAUUGAGCACACUUGAUCGCCGCGGCACCGCGAUUUUCACGCAACUGCCUCCGGGCGAAACGUUUGGCCCUAGCACUUGGCGCUAA